AAUACGAUAGAGCCUUGCUCGAUCUUCGCGAAAUGGUUCAUGGUGACGAUUCUCCAAAUGGGAUACGAGCGCUCCAACCACUACCGGAAAUAAACCUCGAGACAGAUGAGCGCUGGUUUGCUCAGCUUUCCACGCAGAUCGUAAAUUGCCACGAAUACAAACCGUCUAGAUUACGGCUUCUUUGAUGUAACAAACUUACUAUAAAGCAAGGCUUUCGCUUUGUUUGUCUACUUCCGUCUUCCGUUGUUCAUUGAAGAUUUCAGUAAGAACUACGUACGAUCUUCAACAGGUACGUUCUGAUAUUAGAGCAAACAUUUUUAUUCUCCACCUAGAGGAAGAUCCUAGAUAGAGUCAGUCGAGUGAGUUAGGGAACUUCUCACUUGAGUCAGUAGUGAGUAGUAGUCUAGUGAGAAGGAAAUACUCACUUACACGAUAGAGUCAGUAGAGUGAGAUCCUAGGGAUAUUAGGGAAGACCUCCCAGUAGCAGAGGAUGCAGAGGCUUCGGCAAAGUCCACUCUAACUAAGCAACAAUUCGCCGC